GGCUGUUCCUGAAAAUCAUUUUUGAACCUUGCCAGUUACCGUAGAUGUUGUCUUCUCCUUCCGUCUGCUGUAACUAUGGCGUCUUCAAUGUCACUGCUGGUUUUGAAAAGGGCCUCUUCGCUAAAUGCAGCGACUAAAUCAAUACUAAUUCCGACCAGGUCAGCAAGCACGACGGCAUGGCGGCUGGCGCGAGACCAAGCCCACGACACGCAGCUCAUAACCGUGGAGGAGAAACUGGAUAUCACGCCUUUGACUGGCGUUCCGGAGGAGCAUAUCAAGACCCGUAAAGUGCGGAUCUCUGUCCCUGCCCGCAAUGCCAUGCAGUCUGGGGCAAACAACGUCCGCAAGUGGAGAAUGGACUUCGAUACCCGAGAACGCUGGGAGAACAAUUUGAUGGGAUGGGCUUCAACGGCUGAUCCUUUGUCCAACAUGGUUCUUACUUUUAGCUCCAAAGAGGAUGCUGUUGCUUUCGCAGAGAAAAAUGGCUGGAGCUAUGAUCUUCAAGAAAAGAAGGCACCAAAGCCUAACCCUAAAUCCUAUGGAGCAAACUUCUCUUGGAACAAAAGGACAAGAGUGUCUACAAAAUAAACUGGCAAUGGACAUCUGUGUGUCUGACUAUGUAUAGUCAGCUGUGUUCUAUUUAUAGAUGAGCGUAAUGCAAUUCUUAAUCUCCUAAUAAAAUGACCUUUAAGCAAUUA